AUGGCCGGUGAAACUCCCAGCGGCGCCGGCGCCUCGCUAUCAGCGAAUGACAAAAUUACCCGUUUCUCUGCCCCUAGUCGGCCCUUGAGCCCUCUUCCCGCACACGCCCUGUUCACCAACAAGACAAGAUGCUUCGUAUACGGUCUCCAGAACCGUGCUGUUCAGGGUAUGCUGGACUUUGACUUCAUCUGCAAGCGUUCAACACCCUCCGUCGCUGGCAUCAUUUACACCUUCGGUGGCCAGUUUGUCAGCAAGAUGUACUGGGGAACUAGCGAGACCCUGUUGCCCGUUUACCAGGAGACGGCAAAGGCCAUUGCUAAGCACCCUGAUGUUGAUGUUGUUGUCAACUUUGCUUCUUCACGAAGUGUCUAUAGCUCCACAAUGGAGCUGAUGCAAUUCCCACAAAUCAAGACCAUUGCUAUUAUCGCCGAAGGUGUCCCUGAGCGUCGUGCGCGAGAAAUCGCCCAUGUCGCGCGCAAGAAGGGCGUUACUAUUAUCGGCCCCGCCACCGUUGGUGGUAUCAAACCCGGUAGCUUCAAGAUUGGUAACACUGGUGGCAUGAUGGACAACAUUGUUGCCUCCAAGCUCUAUCGCAAGGGAUCUGUCGCCUACGUCUCCAAGUCUGGAGGUAUGUCCAACGAGCUGAACAACAUCAUCUCCAACAACACGGACGGUGUCUACGAGGGUGUUGCCAUUGGUGGUGACCGAUACCCGGGCACCACCUUUAUUGACCACAUGCUGCGAUUCCAACAAGAUCCCGAGUGCAAGGUCCUUGUCCUGCUUGGUGAAGUUGGUGGUGUUGAGGAGUACAAGGUUAUUGAUGCCGUCAAACAGGGUGUCAUCACUAAGCCCAUUGUUGCAUGGGCUAUUGGUACUUGCGCUAGCAUGUUCAAGACUGAAGUCCAGUUUGGUCACGCCGGUUCUUUCGCCAACUCUCAACUUGAGACAGCUGCUAUGAAGAACAAGAUGAUGAAGGAGGCUGGUAUCCACGUUCCCGACACCUUCGAGGAAAUGCCCUCAGUCCUGAAGGGCGUCUAUGACAAGCUUGUCCAGGAGAAGACUAUUGUCCCCGCUCCUGAACCAGUUGUCCCCAAGAUUCCCAUGGACUACUCAUGGGCUCAGGAGCUUGGUCUCAUCCGAAAGCCUGCUGCCUUUAUCUCGACCAUUUCCGACGACCGUGGCCAAGAAUUGUUGUAUGCUGGUAUGCCCAUCUCUGAUGUGUUCAAGGAGAACAUUGGUAUCGGUGGUGUCAUGUCGCUCUUGUGGUUCAGGCGGCGUCUCCCUGACUACGCCACGAAGUUUUUGGAGAUGGUUCUCAUGCUUACUGCCGAUCACGGUCCUGCCGUCUCUGGUGCCAUGAACACCAUCAUCACAACUCGUGCCGGAAAGGAUUUGAUCAGCUCAUUGGUAGCUGGUUUGCUUACCAUUGGUUCCCGAUUCGGUGGUGCUCUUGACGGUGCUGCCGAGGAAUUCACUAAGGCCGCUGACAACGGCUUGAGCCCGCGUGACUUCGUCGACACCAUGCGCAAGCAGAACAAGCUCAUUCCCGGUAUCGGUCACCGUAUCAAGUCGCGGAAUAACCCCGACUUGCGUGUAGAGUUAGUCAAGGAAUACGUCCUGGCUAACUUCCCUAGCCACAAACUGCUGGACUACGCACUAGCGGUUGAGUCCGUAACAACAUCAAAGAAGGACAACCUCAUUUUGAACGUAGAUGGUUGCGUUGCUGUCUGCUUCGUCGACUUGAUGCGCAGCUGUGGCGCGUUCAGCCUCGAGGAAGCUGAAGAAUACAUGAAGAUGGGUGUGCUCAACGGUCUUUUCGUUCUAGGCCGAAGCAUUGGUCUGAUUGCACACUACCUCGACCAGAAGAGACUGCGUACUAGCUUGUACAGACAUCCUUGGGAUGAUAUUACCUACUUACUGCCUACUCUGGCUACCACGGGCCCUGCUGGCGAGAGCCGAGUGGAGGUUUCGAUGAAAUAG